AUGGCCAAAGAAUGCAUGGCUGGUAAGAAAGAUGGGAAGACUUACAGUGGGAGUGCAAUAUGGCCGUUAUAUGGAAAAUAUGUGCAUUAUUUGAUUGAAAGUGUUUAUUGCUUCGUUCUACCAACAUUUAGUGGUCAAAGGCAGGUGAAAAAUCCUUUUGAAGAAAACAAAGUAGUUGGAAUCACAAACUACAUUGACUUAGGUUUUGAGCUACAAACAAGGGUUGAUGAUUCCAACACAUCAAACAGUCUCUCAGAUUCUUCUCUGCAGAUGGCUGCGUCUUGGCAGGCCAAUAAGAACUUCUUGCUGAAGGGUAAAGUCGGAGCUCUAAGCUCAACACUCACAUUAGCGUUCAAGUCGUGGUGGAACCCGUCUUUCACAUUCAAUAUUACAGCGACUAAUAAUCAUCGGACUGGAAGAACAGCAUGUGGGUUCGGUCUCCGCGUUGAUAACUUAAGGGAAGCUAGUUACCAAAGAGCUGAUCCAAACUUCGUAAUGUUGACACCAAACAAAGAACAUCUGGCUGAUGGGAUUGUGUGGAAAAUGGGGCAGAGACCAAUGUUACAAUCCGAUUUAGACGCAGAGAAUUUCAGUGAGCUCCCAAAAGAACUUAGACCGUCCCAGCAGAUUCUCUAA